CCCUGCGCGGCCGACGAAGGAGUAGCGCGGCCAUGGCUUCGCGCAGCGCCGGGACCCUCCUGACCCAGUACAACGCGGCCUACGUGCCGCCGGGGCUCAUGCCCGGGUAUCGUGGCCAUAUCCCCAACGUGGCGUUUUCCUUUGGGGAUACCUUUGGAAACACCACCAUGAAGUACUUCCAAGAUUUCCGAAGUGCCGCCAUGGAAACCUGCCGCGGCCCCUACAGCAAAGGGGGCCAGUUCCCCACCCUCUUCUCCCCUGACCCAGGCCUGGUGAUUGGGGCAAGGGCCAGGGGGUGGGACCGCUGGCUGCACACCCCCAACUACUCUCGCUUCAAUCUGGAUAUCAACCGCACAGCAGAACUGAAGGAGUUCUACAAGCUUGCUCAAAUGCAUCGCGAGCAUUACAUGGACAAGACCGGGACGGUGCACCGGGUUCCGUAUUUCGUGAUCCCCGUGAAGGAGAAGGACAAGUACCCUCACCCUCUUGACCUCCCGCCGCUGAGUGCCAAAACAUUGUGGCACCUCCAUCGCGUGUCUCCGGAGAACCUACGGACGUACCAGACUUUUCCCUCGGGGAAGAGGGUGACUUCGCAAGAGAGAGAAGUCCGAGACAGCUAUUUCGAAUACAGGGCCUGAGCAGAAACCGCCACGUCGCCGUUGUCAGCCAUUGUCGGCACGGACGUCAGAG